AUGGCCACUUAUUUCCCCAGUUCAAACAAUCAAAGAGAUGUUGCACCAAUGCUCUAUAUGAGCCAACCUCUGUCCAGCUCUCAUACUGAACCAUCGGUUCUUCCUGGGAAUAUGAUGAUGUAUAUGAACUACUCAUCUUCUGCUGCCUCAUAUUCGGAUACAUUGGUAGGGAAUUCCCAGCAGAUUGAUGUUAUGGCUAUGGGAGUUUCGGAUUCCAACUCAUCACAACAAGGAAUUAUGGCAAAUCUCGGGGGGUCUCGAACUGGGGAACAUGAUUUCAGUACAUGGAGGGAUGGUAGGAGUGAAAUGCUACUGAUGCACCCUAUGGAUGGUGCCAUGGACACACUUCAAAGCAGACAAAACUCUCAAGGAUUAUCCCUCAGCCUCAGUACUCAUAUUCCAUCUGGAAUUCAAAUGUCUUCUAUGCAGUACAGGAGUAAUAAUCCUGGUUUUUCUUCAUUCUUGAGUCCUAAUCCAUCCCGGCGAGGGUUGUGGGAGGAAUCGAGCAGUCCGGAUUCAAUGAAAGCAGAUAUUUCUUCAUUUGGAAUGCCAACUACAAGAACCAUUCCGAAUUUCAAGUACCUAAAGGCAGCACAGCAAUUGCUUGAUGAAGUUGUGAAUGUCCGGAAAGCUCUGAAGCGGCAUGAUUCCAAGAAGGAGUUGGUGAAGGAUUCUAAAGAAGUUGAUGGCGGAUCAAAAGAUGAUAGCUCAGUGCCUCCCGCAAAUGGAGAGUCUUCAAACCCACGAGAGUCGUUGAGCGACUCACCAAGUGAGCUUUCAGCUGCUGAAAAACAGGAUCUACAAAACAAGAUGACCGAGCUUUUGUCUAUGCUGGAUGAGGUUGAUAGGAGGUACAAACAGUAUUAUCACCAAAUGCAGACCAUUGUUUCUUCAUUUGAUGCAAUAGCAGGAUUUGGGGCAGCUAAACCCUACACAGCACUUGCCCUCCAAACAAUUUCACGUCACUUUCGUUGCUUGCGUGAUGCAAUAGAUGGUCAGAUUCGAGUAACAAGGAGAAGCCUCAGGGAACAAGAUGGUUCAACAAGUAGUAAAGAGGUUGGAAUAUCUCGCCUUCGUUAUGUGGACCAGCAGAUCAGACAACAGAGAGCCCUUCAGCAGUUUGGUAUGAUGCAACAACACGCGUGGAGGCCACAGAGGGGGCUGCCCGAAAGCUCUGUCUCAAUUCUGCGUGCUUGGCUUUUUGAGCAUUUUCUCCAUCCGUAA